CAUGAAGCCACUCUUCAAUAUAGCAGAUAAGAUUUGUUUUGUGAAUGACCCAUGGCCCCAGCACAAGUACAAUAAAUUGUACACAGUAGACUACUUGAGCAAUAUGGUUGGAGGGAGAAAAAUGCUGUAUUUCAACCAGUCCACUUACUUCUUGAAAAAGAUGGUUGCUGCCUCCAUUAAAGAUGGAGAUGCUGUGUGGUUUGGCUGUGAUGUUGGAAAACACUUCAUUGGCAAGCUGGUCCACAGUGACAAGAAUGUCUACGACCAUGAGUUAAUGUUUGGUGUCUCCUUGAAGACCAUGAAUAAAGCCGAGAGGUUGGCUUUCAGUGAGUCACUCAUGACCCACUCCAUGACCUUCACUGCUGUCUCAGAGAAGGAUGAUCAGCAUGGUGUAUUCGUGAAAUUGAGAGUAGAUAAUUCAUGGGGUGGAGACCACGGCCACAAAGGUUACCUGUGCAUGACCCAUGAGUGGUCCUCCGAGUACGUCUACGAGGUGGUGGUGGACAGGAAGCAUGUUCCAGAAGAGGUGCUGGCUGUCUUAGAGCAGGAGCCCAUUGCCCUGCUGGCAUGGGCCCCAUGGGGGCUUUGGCUGAGUGAGUGGCACUGCUUCCAGCUCUUUCCUCCUCCCAUGGGAUCGGAUAUAGCUGCCAAGGACAGAUUCAGGGACUGAAACCAAAGUUACAUGGGGGGCUGUUCCCACAAGACACAGGUAGAAACUUGGGUUCCCAAUCUCCUCCAGGAAUCUCUUUGGGAAAGAUGCUUUAUGCUGAAACAAAAUAUUCACAAGGAAAAAAAGAAAAAGGGAGAGCACUGUUUGCUCUCCUCAUCUCUGAUGGCUCAGGAUCUCUUAGCAUCUUAAUCAGAUGUAAUUGUCCUAACUGUCAUAGUCUUUGUGUUUGUAGUAAGAGAAUAAGA